AUGUCCCUCUGCCAAGAUGAGCUGAAAUUCGGACACGAAAUGCGUCAGCAUUUCUCGUUCGCUCCGGGUUAUCGAAAUCUGAAUCAUGGGUCUUUUGGAGCAUCGCCAACCGUGAUUCGCAACCGAGCAAACGAGCUACGUGAGGAAUGCGAGGCAACUCCGUGUCCUUUUAUCAAGUACCGCUUCCCUCAACUUCUGGACGACUCUCGGGCUGCUAUGAGCAGCUUUCUUGGUGUACCUGAGUCCACAAUCGUUUUCGUUCCGAAUGCGACCACCGGUGUCAACACAGUUCUGCGGAACAUAGUAUGGAAUAGCGACGGAAGAGACGAGAUCCUUCAGCUGGAUGUGAUAUAUGGGGCUUGUGCGAAAACAGCACAAUACGUCUGUGAGGCCAGUGGCAACAAGGUCCGCACCCGACAGUCUUCGCGCUUGGAAGGCAACCACCCGCGUAUUGCCAUAUUCGAUACUAUUGCCUCAAACCCCAGGCUCCGACUCCCAUUUGCCGAGCUCACCGCGGUCUGUCGCGCAGAGGAAGUACUAAGUUUGAUCGACGGUGCACAUGGAAUCGGACAGAUCGAUCUUAAUUUGUCAAAAUUAGACCCAGACUUCCUGGUCAGUAACUGUCAUAAGUGGCUUUUCACUCCUCGCAGUUGUGCUGUGUUCUAUGUUCCUGAGCGCAACCAAACCAUGAUCCGAAGCAUUCUGCCAACGAGCCACGGGUUUAUUGCACGGUCCCAAGGAAGCUCAUGCGUCAAGGCAACAGACUUCGUCUCCAAUUUUGAUUUUGUGGGAACCACUGACAGUGUUUCUUUCCUGACGGUGCCUGAAGCCAUUCAGUGGAGACAGACAGUUUGCGGUGGGGAGGACAAAAUUCGGCAGUAUUGUAUUCAGCUUUCUCGCAAAGGUGGCCAAAGAGUCGCUGAAAUCCUAGGGACUAAGGUCCUAGGCAAUGUUUCCCACAGCUUGACGGAGUGCUGUAUGGUUAACAUCCUCCUCCCUUUGACAAAGCCUACUUCUGGAGAUGAGAGUAUGAUCAGAACGGCUGGAGCUCCGAGUAUCACAGUUACAGAUUGGAUGCAGCAGACCAUGAUUCGGAGAUUCAAAACAUUCAUGCCAGUCUUUCCUUUCCAGGGGUCUUGGUGGGUUCGGUUGAGUGGGCAAAUCUAUCUCGAGGAGAGUGACUUCGAAUGGGCGGGCUGGACGCUGAAAGAUCUUUGUGAAACGCUACUCGAUGAGGAAAAUUAA